UCAGACAUGGCACCAGUCAACAGUAAACGUCGACAACACCACUUACAAGUAUCAACAUGAUCGCUUUCAAAGCAACAGCUGUCCUCCUCAUUGCGAGCCUAGCCGCCGCGCGUCCCUCCGAAGAAUGGCAACCGGAAGGCCACUCGCACACUGAACACACGAAGCCGUACCACGUGACGGUGGUGAAGAAGAUCGGUGUCCCCGUGCCCCAUCCCGUGGCAGUCUCCGUGCCCCAGUACGUGAAGGUGCCUAUACCACAGCCGUACCCCGUACACGUGACUGUGGAGCAGCCCAUACACGUGCCUGUUUACAAGGUUGUCCCCCAAGUAGUUGAGAAGCCAGUGCCGUACACCGUCGAAAAACCAGUACCCUAUGAAGUCGAGAAGCCUUACCCCGUUGAGGUUGAAAAGAAGGUUGAGGUACCGAUCCCCAAGCCUUACCCCGUCCACGUGCCCGUAUACAAGCACAUCUACCACCACAAGGGUGGCAAGCACUAAAAAAACAAAAUAGCCAAAAUAAAAAAAAAAGGGGCAUUGUAGAUUAAAAAGAAUAUAGCUUACUCUGUAAGCAUUUCGUUGUCCCGCGGGCCACUGAAUACGGCCAAUUGCUCCUAUGUAAAUAAAUCUUUAAUGUAGGUAUAUUUGAUGGAGAUGUAUUUCCGUCAGUUGACUACUGUUGAAAUGUGAUAUUUAUUGUGUGCCCAGUUAUAGUUGUAUGUUGUUUUGUUGCUGUUGACUGCAAUCGUUGUUGACUAUUGUGUAAUUGUUGUUGAUUAUUAAUAGAUAAUAAGAUUGUUGUAAAAUAUACGUAAAACUCACGAGA